AUUAAUGUCUACACGUAUAAAAAAAAAGUGUUUUUAACGCAGAAUUUAAUGUGAAAAUAUAAAUAUUGCAAAAAAAUGAAUAAAAAAGAUUUCAAUAAAUUUACAUAAAAAAAUCAGAGUGUUGAAAAUUUCAUUUCACUAAAAAAAAAAAUAAAAGAGUGUGUUGAAUUUUCGUUCUUUUAUAUUUUCAUUUGUAAUUGUUGUUGAGAGUAAUAAAUAAAAAUAAAAUAAAAAAAUAUUAAUCAAGGAAAAAAAAAAGUAAAAAUAAAUCCAUUAUGACGAUGCGUGUAUCUGCCAAAUACAAUCACCAUUUGGGAUUAAUUAUUUAUGGAUUACUAUUUUCGAUUUGUACGACAAAUGCUGGAAGGAUAUUUGACGUGACAAAUAUCCCAACGGAGAAGGUAAUAGCCGAAGCUGGUAAGAAUGUCACCAUAACAUGUCCCGGUGUAACGGAGCACUCCUUGGUGGAUACGUUAACGUGGAAAACAGCAACAACAACUAUCGCCCAAUUUGCCAAUCGGAUACCGCUGUUACACAGCCCAAGGAUUCAACUGCUAUCUGAUAAUUUUGGUCUGCAAUUCGUUCCGGCAAUUGCAUCGGACACUGCCGAGUACAUAUGUCUGGUUAAUGACAGACAUAUUCCGGAGGCGAUUGUUGAUUUAUUAGUUCAGGAUGUUCCAGAUCCACCAGAAAGACCGUUACUGAUGAGCUUUACAUCACGCUCGGUUAAUUUAUCAUGGGCACAUUCACAACAUUCAAGGAAUACUCCGGUUACACAUUUUAUCAUUGAAACAAGAGUUGGCGAAGAAGGACCCUGGGACCAAGUGGCGCAAAUUUUCACUAAAACUAAUGCGACAUCAUAUCAAGUGACAGGCCUUAUACCGUUUACGGUCUAUAGCUUUCGUCUAUUGGCUGUUAACAAAUUGGGUGUUAGUCCUCCGUCCAAAGAGUCCUACUACAUUGUGACACUACGUGAACCUCCAAUUGGAAAGCCAGUCCCAACUACCGCCCAUAAUACAUCAUCUACGUCAGUAUACGUAUCGUGGAAGCCACCGCCGCCAAAUACAAUUCUAGGUGAAUUCCUUGGAUAUCGCAUUACCUACAGACCUCGAGACCGGGAUCCAAACGACACCAAGGAAAUUUACAUUCGAGAUAGCACUGUGGAGAAUCAUGAAAUUCAUAAUCUGGAGGCAUACACACAAUAUAAAGUGUCAGUUCAGGUAUUUAAUCCUGAAGGAUUGGGACCAGAGACUACGAUAUUGGUUAUGACCGAUGAAGGAGUACCAAGUGCACCUUUAAAUCUAACAGUUUUGGAUGUUACAUCAACAACUAUAACUUUAACUUGGUUAGUUCCAAAAAAUCAAAAUGGCAUCAUCAAUGGCUAUCACGUAUUUCACUUGCAUGAAAAUCAAACUGGAGUUGGAAUUGCUAGAGCAUCAGAUGGACCAUCGGUUACUUUUGUUAUGGAUAAAUUGAAACCAUUUACUGAAUACAGAAUCAAUGUUAAAGCAUACACUAUCGCACAUGAGGGCGAAUCAACUGAACCCAUUCGUCAGCGAACCGAUGUCAGUGGUCCCAGUGCACCAAUUGUUGUGAAUCUUACAUGCCAUUCACAGGAUUCGAUUACAAUUCGAUGGAGGCGUCCGUUGGAGUUCUUUAAUUCGAUUGAUUUUUAUAUAAUUAAAUCGCGUGUUGUUGGACAGGAAACACAUCGUGAUAUUAGAAUAAAUGCUUCAGAUAAGGAACUUGAAACUGCGAUGAUUUUGCAAAAUUUGACAACGAAUUCAAUUUACGAGGUCAAAGUAGCAGCUGCAACUUACAGUGUUAUAAAUCCAAAGAAGAUAGUUCUUGGACGUUAUUCCGAACCAAAGAAGAUAAUUUUGCAACCAAAUUGUGAGAAAAUUCAACCCCUACUGAGACAAUCGCAUAAUGACUACAAUUUGGCUGUGCUCGUUGGAAUUAUAUUUAGUUGUUUUGGAAUUGUCCUUAUUGUGAUGGCUUUCUUUUUAUGGAGCAGGAAGUGUUUCCAUGCAGCAUACUACUACCUAGACGAUCCCCCACAUCAUCCAUCCGUACCUCAGGUUGACUGGGAAGUACCAGUCGAGAUUGGCGGCGAAAUACGUGCUGCUGUGCCAGUAAAUGAGUUCAGCAAGCAUGUAGCUUCGUUACAUGCUGAUGGUGACAUUGGCUUUAGUCGGGAGUAUGAGGCAAUUCAAAAUGAGUGCAUAUCGGACGACCUGCCCUGCGAGCACUCACAGCAUCCGGAGAACAAACGGAAAAAUCGCUAUCUCAAUAUAACUGCAUAUGACCACAGCCGAGUGCAUCUCCACCCAACACCAGGCCAAAAGAAGAACCUCGAUUACAUUAAUGCCAAUUUCAUUGACGGCUACCAGAAGACCCGUGCAUUUAUCGGCACGCAAGGACCAUUGCCGGACACAUUUGAUUGCUUCUGGCGAAUGAUUUGGGAGCAACGGGUGGCGAUUAUUGUGAUGAUAACGAACCUGGUCGAACGAGGCCGUCGGAAGUGCGAUAUGUAUUGGCCAAAGGAUGGCAUCGAGACAUACGGAGUCAUUCAAGUGAAACUGAUUGAGGAGGAAGUAAUGUCCACGUAUACAGUGCGAACGUUACAGAUUAAGCAUCUCAAGGUGGGUUGUCUGUCCCCUUUUAACAUUCUUCUCUUCUUCCAUUUUUUUACCUAUGUUUCCUUUCAGCUCAAAAAGAAGAAACAAUCAAACUCGGAGAAAAUUGUUUACCAAUACCACUAUACGAAUUGGCCGGAUCAUGGAACACCAGAUCAUCCACUGCCAGUAUUAAAUUUUGUUAAGAAAUCUUCAGCUGCCAAUCCACCAGAUGCUGGACCAAUAGUUGUCCAUUGCAGCGCUGGAGUUGGUCGCACUGGAACAUACAUCGUUUUAGAUGCCAUGCUCAAGCAAAUCCAACAAAAAGGAGUCGUCAAUGUGUUCGGCUUCCUGCGACACAUCCGGGUGCAGCGAAAUUUCCUCGUUCAAACCGAGGAACAAUAUAUAUUCCUGCAUGACGCAUUGGUCGAGGCCAUAGCUAGCGGCGAGACCAAUUUGCGUGCCGAUCAAAUCGAAGAGCUUAAAAAUCUCACCACCUACCUAGAGAAUCAGUACAAGAAUAUAAUUCAGUUCCAAACGAAGGACAUACACAUUGCAUCGGCGAUGAAGCAAGUGAACUCAAUCAAGAAUCGUGGUGCCAUAUUCCCGAUUGAAAGUAGUCGGGUGCAUUUAACGCCGAAACCAGGCGAGGAGGGCAGUGAUUAUAUUAAUGCCUCUUGGUUGCAUGGUUUUAGGCGGCUGCGAGACUUUAUUGUCACUCAACAUCCAAUGUCGCACACUGUUAAGGAUUUCUGGCAAAUGGUGUGGGAUCACAAUGCGCAAACAAUUGUGUUGCUAUCAUCAUUAGAUGAGAUUAAUUUUGCACAAUUUUGGCCAGAUGAUACGACGCCCAUCGAAAGCGAUUAUUAUCGCGUAAAAUUCUUAAGCAAGACCAACAAAAGUGACUACGUGAGUCGAGAUUUUGUCAUACAAUCAAUACAGGACGAUUAUGAGCUAAGCGUGAAAAUGCUGCAUUGUCCCAGUUGGCCAGAAAUGACCAAUCCAAAUAGUAUUUACGAUUUUAUUGUGGACGUGCACGAGAGGUGUAGCGACUACAGAAAUGGACCAAUUGUUGUCGUCGAUAGAUACGGCGGUGCUCAGGCAUGUACAUUCUGUGCGAUCUCAUCAUUAUCCAUUGAAAUGGAAUAUUGUAAUACAGCUAAUAUCUAUCAAUAUGCAAAAUUGUAUCACAAUAAAAGGCCGGGCGUAUGGACGUCUAGCGAAGACAUACGCCUUAUAUACAACAUUCUAUCAUAUUUGCCUCGUAAUUUGCAGCUACUGAAACGCACUGCCUUGCGUACAGAAUUUGAAGAUGUUACGACGGCAACGCCGGAUUUAUACAGUAAAAUCUGUAGCAAUGGUAAUAUUAGUAGUACGUUACAAAAUUCAAAUACCCUAACUAACAUUAAUAUAAAUAAUGCUGCAAUAACAUCAUUAAUUAAUGGUGUUGGUGAUUUAACAACAACAACACAACAAACAACUUUAACAACAACAACAACAAAUCCAACUUUAACAACAACAACAACAACAAUCAUUCCACAAUCAACAACAAUUAUUAAUAAUUUGGAUAAUGGUGGUGGUGAUAAUGGUAUUAUUUGUGGUAAUUUUAUUACUAAUUCUAUUAAUUCUACUCCUACUAUUGAACAACUAACUGGUGUUAAUGUCAAUGAUGAUGAUAAUAAUGGUGAUGGUAUUAAUUUAAAUGGUAAUGUUAAUUUAAAUGUCAAUGGAAAUUUAAAUUAAAUUUUUAUCUAAAA